GUUCCAAAGAGACCUUAAUCCCUUUCUUUCUCACCAGCAAAUCAAUUUUGGAGAGUGAGAAAAAAUAAAGAGAGAAGCCAGCCACAGCCAGCGAGCGCCCCCUCCGGCUCCGGCCCUCCUCUUCCUCUUCCCCCAAUUCCCAUUCCCAAUUCGCCCUCCUCAAAUCCGGCGCCGCAUUCCCGACAUUCCGCAGAUCUGGGAUCCGCCGCCGACGGAUCCCCUGCCGCCCGCAACGACCCGGGACGCGCGUGAUCCCGCCGCCUAGCCGCCAAGUUGGCGCCUCAGCGGAGGUCGCAGCGCCUCGCCGGCGGCGGCGCGGGCUCUGCCGCCGCCGCCGCCGCGCAGCCGCCCGGAGCCUCUAGCGCGCACGCUGCGACGGGUGACUCGGGCGACGCCGUCAUGGCGCGCUGGCUGCAGUCCGCGGGGCUUCAGCACCUCGCAACGUCCUCCGCCGCCGGCGCUGGCGGCGCGGACUACCGUGGUGGGAUGCCUGGGUUUGGGGGCGCUGGCGCCGGAAGCAUGCUGUCGAGCCUGCUCAUGCAGGGCUAUGGGCCAGAAUCAAUUGAAGAAAAGCAGAGGCUUUAUACGCUUCUGAGAGGUCUAAAUUUUAGCGGAGAGUCUGUACCCACAUCAAUCUCUGAGCCUUACACACCAACAGCUCAGAGCUUUGGUGGUGGGAACCCUGUAGAGGGGUUUUAUUCGCCUGAACUUAGAGGGGAUCUUGGUGCUGGACUUCUAGACCUUCAUGCUAUGGAUGAUACUGGGCUUCUGUCUGAGGAUGUAGCAUCGGAACCAUUUGAGCCAUCACCUUUUAUGCCGAAGGAUAUUGAUGAUGAUGAUGAGGAUGUGAUAGCAGGGAGUCAGCAAGCCUCAGUAGAUAAUUAUGGUGUGGUGACCAGUGAAAAAGAGACCACUGCUAGAGAAAAUAAUGUAGCAAAGAUUAAAGUAGUGGUAAGGAAAAGACCUUUGAACAGAAAGGAGCUAUCUCGAAAGGAAGAAGACAUCAUAACUGUGGAGGAUUCAUCAUUUUUGACAGUUUAUGAGCCUAAGCUGAAGGUGGAUCUGACAGCCUAUGUGGAGAAGCAUGAAUUUUGUUUUGAUGCUGUUUUGGACGAACAUGUUUCCAAUGAUGAGGUUUACCGUGAAACAGUUGAGCCCAUAAUUCCAAUUAUAUUUCAGAGAACGAAAGCAACAUGUUUUGCUUAUGGCCAAACAGGUAGUGGCAAGACGUACACAAUGCAACCUUUGCCUCUGAGAGCUGCACAAGACAUGGUUCGUCUAUUGCACCAACCUGUCUAUCGGAAUCAGAAUUUUAAGUUGUGGCUUAGCUAUUUUGAAAUAUAUGGUGGGAAACUAUUUGAUCUUCUAUCUGACAGAAGGCAACUACUGAUGAGGGAAGAUGGCAAGAAACAAGUUUGCAUUGUUGGUCUACAGGAAUUUGAGGUGUCUGAUGUACAGAUCGUAAAGGAAUAUAUUGAAAGAGGAAAUGCAGCUAGAAGCACAGGGUCAACAGGGGCCAAUGAGGAAUCAUCAAGGUCACAUGCUAUUCUACAACUGGCUGUGAAGAAGCAUAUCAUUGUAAAAGAUACCAGGAGACAGAGAGAUCGUGAUGCUAAUGAAGCUAAAAAUACAAAGGCUGUGGGGAAAAUAUCAUUUAUUGACCUUGCUGGAAGUGAGCGUGGUGCUGAUACUACCGAUAAUGAUAGACAAACAAGGAUUGAGGGAGCAGAGAUAAAUAAAAGUCUGUUAGCUCUCAAGGAAUGCAUUCGAGCACUUGAUAAUGAUCAGAUACACAUUCCUUUCAGAGGAAGCAAGCUUACUGAGGUCCUUCGUGACUCAUUUGUUGGUAACUCUAGGACAGUGAUGAUUUCUUGCAUUUCUCCAAACGCAGGUUCAUGUGAACACACACUAAAUACAUUGAGAUACGCUGAUAGGGUCAAAAGUCUUUCCAAGGGCGGAAAUACAAGAAAAGAGCAGUCCACAGGACCAACUACCACUUCUAGCCGGGAUUCUUUGUCAGCUUUAUCAUAUUCAUUGCCUGCUGAAGCUGAAGAAAUUCCUAAUCAAGUUCAAGAGAAGAGACCAGUCGAUACUUAUAGGAAGGGCACUGAAAAUUUUAUCUCCAACCCUUCUGUGGAGUCUGACCGAAAUUCCUUUAGUACGAUUCCAAAUUAUUCCAAUAGAGGGAGAGAAGAAAAUGGUGCAGCAUCUGGUAAUGACAGGGAGAGCUAUGAUUUGAAGUCCAGCCAACCUGCUUACACUAGUAAGCCACAGUUGGUUCAGAAUUCAGCAAACACACAGGAGGAGGAGAAAGUCACAAAAGUCUCACCUCCUCGGAGAAAGGCUUAUAGAGAAGACAAAUCUGAUAGGCAGAGCAACUAUAUGAAAAAGGAUAAUGGUCCUGAGACAAGUCGGGUUGGGUAUAAGAUGCAGCAGGCAAAGCAGCUGCAACAGCAACAAAGACCAGCAUCUGCUUCAGCCUCAUCAAGGCAAUCUGAAAAGGAAAGUUCUUGUGAUGAUGUAGAAAUUGAUGCAAUUCUUGAGGAAGAGGAGGCCCUCAUUGCAGUUCACAGGAAGGAGAUCGAGAAUACUAUGGAGAUUGUGCGGGAAGAGAUGAACCUUUUGGCAGAGGUUGAUCAACCAGGCAGCCUGAUUGACAACUACGUGACACAACUGAGCUUUCUGCUGUCACGCAAGGCUGCAGGUUUGGUAAGCCUCCAAUCACACUUGGCACGGUUUCAGCACCGCCUCAAAGAGCAAGAGAUCCUUAGCCGCAAGAAACCUUCCAGAUAGUAUGCUCAACAAUGGCUCUGGAUUUUGCCUGGAAAUCUUAUUGCUUGGAGCUCAAUCGCAGUCUAUUAGUUGGUUUUCUCCUGUGCGCUCCAGUAAAUGUUAGACCCAAGCAAAGCAGUGAUAGAGAGGACACAUGGGAGUUGCUUGAGGGUGUGGUGAUCUUGAUGUUGAGGAUGGUGUGGUCCUGGUUGAUGUCUCCACUUUGUGUUUGUCAGGGUUGACAACCAGUUUGGUAGUAGUCCUUUUUACAGUGGGGCUGCUUGGGUGUUUUUUUUUGGCAGAUGUCAUGUAUGGCUUGCCCACUUUGCCUUUUUUUUUCUUUUCCCCAUUUUGUACGAGAAACUGGAAUGUCUGGAAUGUUGUUUGCAGACACCGGUGGGUCGAUAUUCACCGAGGGGGUCUGUGGAAACCGAUACAUUGUUGUAUACUAGUCGGUUGACCGUGCGUUACAACGGCUUACAACAAUAUCCACGUAAACUAUUCAUAAAAAAUUUUUAAGAUUUUUUAUU